CUCCUGUUCCUGCAGAUGAUCCCUGACACACAGCAACAUGCUUUUUAUUGUGAAGACUGGUUUAUUAUACAAUCUGUUACUUUCUUUACUGACAGAAACAUUUCACUACAGAGUCCCUCUGUCUUCAUUUCUUCUCUUCUGCUUCACUCAUUUACACUCUUCUGUACAGUUCAGCUCCAAACACAACCUGUGUGUGUGUGUGUGUGUGUGUGUGUGUGUGUGUGUGUGUGUGUGUGUGUGUGUGUGUGUGGGGAACAGGUGGAGAAUGGAGAGCAAGCAGUGGUUGGGAAAAUGAGGCAACUGUUCAACCUUCUUCACUAUGAAAAUCGAAGAAGAAAAGACCAGUUCAAUCCACAUACCAAACAGAUGGAGACAAUUUUCGAUGAGGAACUGAGGAGCAAGAUGGAGGAAUUGAAGAAGAUGUUUGAGGAAGUGGAGAAGAAGAUUAAUGAUCUGGAAAAGCAGUACAGAGAGAACAGGAGAUAUAAAGACCGUGUCGGAUCGUUCUGCAGCAGAAGGAGACGAGAUCUGGAACUGUGCAGAAACUUGUAUAAAACAAUACAGACUGAAUCUCUACUGUCUGGCUCAGGAAAGCUGAUGAAGAUGAUGAGGAUGAUGGAGUGGGUGAUAGGUAACCUUGAGAUCCUGAGGCGCAGUGAGUCCUCACAGUCGCGGUCCUCCCUCUGCACCCAGGUGGAUUCAGAUCUGAAUAAAAUAAAGUACUGGUGCUGGAAGAAGAGAGAUGGUCUAAAACCCUUCAAGGAGAAGCACGGUGAUGAAGCAAAUGUGAAGUUAAUGAUUGAUGAUACGGAGGCUCUUCUGAGUGCGUUGGGAAAGUGGUGUGAAGAUAAGGAGGAAGAGCUGCAGAAAUACAAACCCAAACCAGUCUCUGCAGAACGCUCUGAGAAUCAGCCAGUAGAGUCAGAACCACUGUACCAUAAUGUUUAAUCUACACGACAGAAUACAGAAGCAUUUAGGAGAAAGAUACACCCCCCCCCACCACACACACACACACACACACACACAUCUUCUGUGAUACGAGUGUGUAAUCUAUUAUUGUACACUGUGCAUUUAUUCUUAUUAUAUUACAUUAUAUACAUUACGUUACGUUCUAUAAACAUUAUAUAAACAUUCUAUAAACAUUAUAUAAACAUUAUAUAAA